UGAAUCACCGCACAAGUUUCUAAAAACACAAUUUACAUUAACAACUGUUGAUAACUAAAAAUAUAAACUGCUAAAAUUAGGUUAAAAAUAAUUCAAAACCGCUCACAUCAAUCCAGUGUUCGCACUCCACCAUGUUUUGGAGCUCGCGACAGCACCACCAUUCCUGAGACAAAAAAAGUCAUCUUUAAAAUGCUACAAAGCUAAACAGGAUUAGCUUUGGGUUGUUGGCGACAGAAUUUAUGGGUCCUUACGUUAAACAUACGGCCGUAUUCCAGAAGGGGCUCAGCAGACAGCAUUCGACACACGGUGCACAACAGCGACGUUUUUUUUUUUUUUUUUUCAACUGCGGCGUCUGUAGGGAGAGCGGCUGCGUAUUACGUCACUAAAUAGCGUCCCUCGUCAGAGCCAGGAACCGCACACCUGUGCGAAGACAUUUUCUGGGUCCUAGUGCCCUAUAGAUUAAAACCACCUCUCUGUUACAUACACAUGAUGUAAAUUGACGUCAAAAUUAUAGACGUGCACAGUGGCUGUAAUUAGGUCUAGGGUGAGGUCAUUUGACAUGUCAUAGGAAAGUUUCUAUGAGGUCAUUUGACAUCAUCAGAGAAAAGGUAUAAAUACGGGUACAUUCCUCAAAAACUUCAUUUACCUUCGAAGCUCCCCGGAGUCAAGACGUCCAGCGAGCCUACUGUGAAGAUCAAAACCCACUUUGUUUGCAAAGAAGAUAUUUCUCUGUGUUAAUUUUAUUCUCACACGAUUUCUUCAACGCAAAAUUAUCGUCAAUAUGUCUCAAAGUUCAUUUGAAGUGUAUGAAGGCUUCUUCCUUCUUGGCAAUGAAGGCCAUUAUUACGUAGAAAAGUUUCUCGGUGAAGGAACUUAUGGAAAAGUUGCAAAAUGCCUGGAAGUGUCUACCCAAAAACAUGUGGCUGUUAAAAUAGUCAAAAAUGAUUUUGAAGAUGCAGGAGAGGAUGAGAUUAAAGCCCUGAUUGAAUUGUCCAAGAUCGACGCCGAUAAAUACAACUUGGCCAAGUUUGUGGAGUGGUUUCAUCACAAUAACCAUGUUUGUAUCGUCUUUGAAAUGUUGGAUCUAAGCCUUUGUGAUUACAUGGAGAAGCGGGGAUUCCAGCCUCUAUCUCUAACCACAAUCAGAUGCCUUGCUUGGCAGCUGCUAGUUGCCCUGAGAGGCCUGAAGAAAAUCAACAUGGUCCACUGUGAUAUUAAACCAGAUAACAUUAUGCUGGUGGACCAAAAUGCAGAGCCUUUAAGGCUCAAACUGAUAGAUUUUGGGUUGGCUGAAAAAGUUGAAGACCUGGAAAUGGGAAUAAGAAUCCAGAACCUUUGUUUCCGGGCACCAGAAGUCAUGCUGGGUCUGCCCUUAGAUGAACGUCUGGAUAUGUGGACUGCCGGCUACGUUCUCGGCCUUCUGUACUCAGGCUUCUUCUUCCUUCCACAAGACUCUGAAUAUAACAUUAUCAGAGCUUUGGUGAAGAUGCAUGGAAUUCCUGACAAUGAACUACUGGACGAAGGGAUGUACACUUGUAAGUUUUUCACCAUGACUGAAGAAAACUCCACAUUUAACUGGAAGCUGGACACACCUGAACAACAGUUCGAAAAAACUGGGCAGAAGGUUGAUGAUUUUGACUUCUGGUCUUUUGACAAACUCAAAGGUUUAUAUUCCAAAAAGAAUAAGGCCAAAAAAGUGGAAGAAUUUAUGGAUCUUCUAAAGCGGAUGUUGGAGGUGGAUCCAAACAAAAGGAUCUCUCCAGAUGAAGCUUUAAAACAUCCACUUUUCAAGUUGAGGAAAAAACGGCCCCAGACCCCCAAAGAGCCUCCACAAGUCCACCAACAGCCAGAAGCAAAGGCUCCAGCUGUCUCUAGAAAGAGAAAACGCAGCGACGAACAGAGCCAGGAGGCUGAAACCGAGGCUCCAGCACAGGUCCACCUACAGCCAGAAGAAACGGCUCAACCUGUCUCUAAAAAGAGAAAACACAGCAACCAACAGAGCCAGGAGCCCGAAACCGAGGCUCCAGCACCACAGGUCCACCAACACCCAGAAGCAAAGGCUCCAGCUCUCUCUAGAAAGAGAAAACGCAGUGACCAACAGAGCCAGGAACCUGAAACCGAGGCCCCAGCAUCACAGGUCCACCAAGAGCCAGAAGAAAUGGCUCAACCUGUCUCUAAAAAGAGAAAACACAGCAACCAACAGAGUCAGGAGCCCGAAACCAAGGCCCCAGCAUCACAGGUCCACCAAGAGCCAGAAGCAAAGGCUCCAGUUGUGUCUAAAAAGAGAAAACGCAGUGACCAACAGAGCCAGGAGCCUGAAACCGAGGCUCCAGCAUCACAGGUCCACCAAGAGCCAGAAGAAACGGCUCAACCUGUCUCUAAAAAGAGAAAACACAGCAACCAACAGAGUCAGGAGCCCGAAACCGAGGCUCCAGCAUCACAGGGCCACCAAGAGCCAGAAGCAAAGGCUCCAGUUGUGUCUAAAAAGAGAAAACGCAGUGACAAACAGAGCCAGGAGCCUGAAACCGAGGCUCCAGCAUCACAGGUCCACCAAGAGCCAGAAGAAACGGCUCAACCUGUCUCUAAAAAGAGAAAACACAGCAACCAACAAAGCCAGGAGCCUGAAACCAAGCCUCAAGCACAGGUCAACCAAGAGCCAGAAGCAAAGGCUCCAGUUGUGUCUAAAAAGAGAAAACGCAGCGACCAACAGAGCCAGGAGCCGGAAAAGAGCUGUCAAAGCGAGGCACCAGCUCAGAAGAAAAAGAGAUCUUAGAAAAUCUCUUUUUCUAUAGUGUCUGGAAUUAAACUAUAGAAUGCCUGAACAUUGAAUGUUAUGGACUAAAAAGUGAAAAGUAGCUGGAGGGGAUAGGCUCAGAUAAGCAUUGGCUUCUGCCUACCCCUUUUUCAAACAUGUUAUUUUUGAGUUCAAGAUAAUGGAGACUAUUUUAUUUUAUAUAUUUUGUUAUUUUAUUUGUACAAAUUUUUGGUGUUUUAUAUAGUUUAU